CAAAAUGGAAACCCCGGCCAUUGCUCGCACUACAACUCGGACAGCACUCCUCUCGUCGCUCUCCCCUCCGCGAUUUACGCCAAUGGAGCACACUGCGGCAAGAAAGUCAUCAUUCAUCGUGGAUCGAAGAGCGUCGAGGCCGUCGUGGCUGAUAGCUGUCCCACGUGUGUCUCAAGCCAUUCACUCGACCUCUCCGUUGCUGCGUUCAAGGCGCUGGGCACGGAGCAGGAGGGCAUGUUCGACAUUACGUGGAGCUGGGCUUGA